AUGCCGCCCCGAUCACGCUCACCCGCGGCUGUGCCCGUGCUCAAUUCAGCCUCAGUGUCGGGAUCAGGAACGAAUCCUACAAGUCGUGGUGGUGACCAACACGCCUCCACCUCGGCCUCGACAUUCACUUCCCAAGUACCGCACCACGAGAGGCGUCUAUCGAACCCCGCGAUGCCGGUCUCGUACGCGUAUGGCGCUCCACCCGCGCCCGUCGGUUCUUCACCCCAUGGAUCGCCUGCUUCGAGAUCAUCGAACCGAAGGGCCAACACCGGGGAAUCGAACGAUGCACAGAGUACGAGCUCGAAUUCGAGACGAGGUGCGCAUCUACGAGCGCAGUCUUUGUUGAGGGGAGAGGUCGAGGCGGGUCAGGACGAGACGAUCCUCAUCACGGGCGACGAUGACGACGAAGAAGAGGACGAGGAUUCAUUCGAACUCGAAAAGCAGCGACACUUGGAGAGGGAAGAAUCGAUCGGAAGGUCCCUCGAACCCGCUGCAGUAAGAUAUGCUCGUCUAGCUGAAAGAAAACGGAACACCGGUUCGGCCAUUCGACACCCGACCAAUCUCGGGACGACGACGACGACCGGUGUGGCUUCGACAUCGAGUUCAAAGACGAGGCCUGCGACGGACCUCAAUAAUACGAGCGUCAAUAUCGCCAAUGCUUUCGCUGCUGCUGUAAAAGGAACGUCCUCGGCCGAGGGAUUGAUGAGAGUUGGAGGCAAGAGGGCCACAAUGCCGGUACCAACACAGGAGACCGUUGGUCAAGAGGAUGCCAGUGAAGAGGAAGAUAGUGGCAAGGAGACCCACCGUGCUGGUGGAGGGGCUGGAACCGAUGGUAGUAAGAAGCGAAAGGUGAGUGCUCACAGCUCGCGCCAACAGUGAAUGAAUAAUCGAGCUGAUCACAGCAUUCGUGACGGCAGAAACGCAACUCGACUUCGAAGGAUGCCUCGUUCAAGCAUCGGACUGGGGAAACGACAAGCGAGGAGGAGCUAUCGGAAGAGGCCCGAGCCAAGGCGAAGCGACCCAAAAAGACGACCAGCACGACAUCUCCCGAACGGGAACGCGGCAACGAUGCCGAGAAGGAGCAAGUGUCCGGGCAGAGAAAGACUUCACCGAACGCAAGGAGAAAGUUGACGACGACUGAUUCGGCCUAUAAACCCACGGGCGAAUCGGAAGCGACCUCGGGGGACGACAUCUCUGACGACGCGAUCGCUCGUAGGAGAAAGAGCAAAGGCAAAGGUCGGGCGAGCACCGGAUCGGCAACUUCGAACGCAAUCCCGAUUGGGAGACGAGACAACGAGGUGUGGCAGAAGGCCAGAAAGAGGAAAGGGCGGAAGGGGAGAGGCACAGGCGAUGGCGUCGACGACGAAGGAGCAGGCUCGGACGAUGAAUUUGCUCAAAACGACGACAAGGAGCAGGACAUGGGAGGCAUGGAGCACGAUUUUGAGCCGAACAUCUCGGUCGAGCCACCGUCGGUCUCGUUCUUUCUUCGAGACAAAUCCCCCGCCGAUCGAACGCAGGCAUCGGCGCAGAAAGAGGUGGUCACACCGCAGCUCAAGCUCGGAGGAUAUCCGACGUCUUCCCCGGGCACACAUUCGCCAUUCCAACCCUUGCGCGCCUUCACGUUUGGCUUUGGUGGUCGAGGCGCGAAUGCCGCCGCACCACCGGUCGAUCCUUCCUUUGACGAUUUCGAUCAGACUCUCAAUGCUGGCCGCACUCAACCCUCACAUUCCUUCAGUCGAUCCCUGAGCCUCGACGACUCGCUUACUCGCGGUAGUUCCUACGAUUAUAGCGAAGAAGAACGCAUCGUCGCCGCGCUCGAGGAGCAGCGACGGCUCAAUCAGCUUGCGGCCGAGCAGUCGAAAGGUGGUGCGAGUGACGGUGUCAACAGCUUGACGGCGGGUCUGCGACGGCGCCAUCGACUCAAGGGCGCCCCGGCCCUCGCUGGUAUACAAGAAGAGUCCCAGCACGUGAGGAAGAGCGGGAUUGGUGCCUUCCUAGGCCGACAGCUGUAUCGUCUCCUCGCUGGCGUGUGGCGGACAAUACAGGACCCGUUGCUGGACUGGCGCAAAAUCUGGCGGGCGAUCGGCCUGUUGCUGCUUGGUUUGCUCGCGAUGGUAUAUUUAGUGUGAGUACGUUCGCGAGUCUGAAUACUGGAAUCUUACUGACCUCUUCAUCUCGCUCACAGACCCAACAUGACGUCCGAUUCACCCUCCAAAUCUGCGUCAUCUUCCGACCAUUCGUCGUCCAUCAUUCAUUACGUGCCCUUCUUCCGGCCAUCGUCGACCUAUCGUGCUCCUGCGACACCCGCAGGCUCACUCGAGGAACUGAUCGCUCGCCUGACGUUGCUCGAAGGAGCGAUGGGUCAGCUCUCUUCGCUUACCGACGGUGACCGAACCCGCACAAAGGCGAAUAAUCAGCUCAUGUCAAAGAUGGCGGAGCAGCUUUCCUCACUCGAGCAAACCCUGUCGGCCGAGCGCCAGAACGCUGCCAAAGCAAUCGAAUCUUCCGUCAAGGCCAACGCAAAGCAGAACCACGAGCUCGAGCAGACUCUGAAGGCGGCGCGUGCCGACCUCGAUGCGCUCGUGACGCGCGUGCAGACCUUCCAGGACGCUCAAUCAGGCGAUGCGGCCGACUUGCGCAAGCUCAAGGCCAGCAUCGACGCCGCGGCCAAGGACAUCACUUCGCUGGGAGGCAAGGUUGCCCAAGUCGCGCAGGACGUGCGAAAAGGUCUCGACGGCGAACGCAUGGCCAAACUCGCGCUUGAAGCCAUCGAACAACGCCUUCCACCCAAGAUGGCGGUCAAAGUCAACGAGAACGGCAAAGUUGAAGUCGACGCCACGUUCUGGCAAUACCUGCGGGAUGCGUUCGUCGACAAGAAAGAAGUCGAGAGCAUCGUCAAUAGCAAGGUGGCCCGAGAAGUCGCCAAGCUGCCCCUCAAGACCGACGGCGGUGGGCCGCUGGCUCCGAUCGUCAUUCAUGAACCGCCCAAGUGGGAUGAUUUCCUCGAGGCCAAUGACGCUGCGCUGCGCGCUCUCGUCUCUUCCAAUAUCGAAGGCCGCACGGGCUCAGAUGCGAUCGUGACGCGCAGGGCUUUCCUCGACACGCUGCGGCGCGAAAUCAAGACGCUUAAGGCCGACUUUGAGGCCAAGGCGAACGAAAAUGUCGAAAAGAUCGGGCAAGAACUCUUGCGCAAGGUGGCUAAGCAAGAAGAGAUGAAGCGCAAGGAGAGUGGUGGCGGCGGGAUCGCAUCGCAUCUACACCUUCCCUUCACCGGUCACAAAGGAGGCGAGGGCGGGGAAUCGGCAACCAUUCCGAGCGACAACGUGGCGGCUUUGGUCUCGUCGCUCGUCGAUUCAGCUCUGCUUCGCUACUCCAAAGACGUCCUCGCUCGCCCAGACUACGCGCUCUUCACCGCAGGUGGCCGGGUCGUCCGGACGCUGACUUCGCCAACGUACGAAGCCAACCCUCUCGGCGCAAGCCGGAGAGCUCUGGCUUGGGUGACCGGCACCGCUGGGCCGCGUGGUCGACCCCCUGUCACGGCCUUGCAUCCCGACAACGCUCCAGGGUCGUGCUGGCCCUUUGCCGGUUCUCAGGGUCAGCUAGGGAUUCAGCUUAGCCGCAGUAUCGUGCCUAGCGACGUCACGAUCGAGCACGUCUCCAUUGACGUCUCCCUCGACGGGACUGUCGCCAGUGCGCCUCGCGAAUUUGAGGUCUGGGGUGUUGUCGAAUCUCGCUCCGAUAUCGAUCGCUUGGCUCGCUACCGAUACGAGCAGCUCGAGGCGCGUCGAAAAGCGGAGGUGCAGGGGGACGACGAGCCCAGAGGUUUCGAGCUCGAGCCUCCUACCUCGAUCCCUCCGACGCCCAACCACAUCCUGCUAGCGAUCGGCUCGUACGACGCUGCGUCGCCUGCGCCCAUCCAGACAUUCCCCGUGACACCUAUGGCCCGCCAGCUUGCGAUUCCCGUCCAAGUAGUUGUACUCAAGGUCCUAACGAACCAUGGCGAGUCGGCUUACACCUGCCUGUAUCGCGUCAGGGUCGGCGGCACGUCUACCACCAUCUCGGCGCAAUGA